AUGGAAAUUCCUUCACGCACAAAACUUCGAGCACAAAGAAUUUUUGGAGUUUUUCAAGCAAAUAUUUUUUGGCAAAAGAGUGGAUUAUAUUUGGCUGCACACACUGAACGUUAUCAAAAAAUGAACGUAAUUAAAAAUAAGGAAGAUGUUAAUAAACCUGCAGAAAUAAAAUAUUUGGGUGUCACAUCCCAUUUAGAAAUUUUUGAUUGUACUGAAAAAACAAUUUCUGUGUUAACAUUACAGCUACCCGAACCUUUUUUAAAUUUUGCUUGGGAACCUAAAGGAAAUAAAUUUUGUGUUCUAGUCGGUUCAAAUUCACCAAAAAUAACUCCAUUAAUUUAUCGUUAUGACAAAGGCAAAUCUGCCCCCCAACUUUUAUCAAAAAUUGAAUCUGGAACAAAUUUAAAUUCAAUAUCUUGGGCCCCCCAAGGUGGUUGGUUAAUUGUUUAUGGGGCAAGUACUCCUGGAGGUUUAGUUUAUUUUAUUGAUGCUAGUGGACAAACAGAAGCUAAUAGAAUUCGGUCUAUUGAACAUCCUUCGUUAACUAAGGCAUUUUGGGACCCAACAGGACGUUAUUUAGCAAUUUGUUCAUUUGGAGGCAAAAGUCGUUACGAAACUGGUUAUCGAAUUUAUACAUUUCUUGGAAGAGAAAUUUUGCGAAAAAUUGUUGAUUCUUUGUUGCAAUUUAGAUGGAGACCUCGCCCACCAAUUCAAUUAAGUGAACACAAACUUAAAGAAAUUAGAAAGACUUUAAAACAAAAAUCACAACAAUUUGAGGAGGAAGAUAAGAGGGAAUUACUUAAAGUGUCUAAGGAAAUUAUUGAACUUCGUCAAAGUGCAUUGGCUUUAUUCAAAGAAAUUCGACAACGUAGCCAAAAUUAUGAUAUUGAAGAAAGAGAAGAAAAAUUAGCUUUGAGAGGUGGAAAAGAUUUGAAAAAGAUGGAAUUGGAUUUGGUAGAAGAAACAAUUACAAUUGCUUUGAAUACAGAAAUGGAGGAAUUGAAAGAAACAAAUACUGCUAAGGAGAGUGAUGAUAUGGAUUAAUUGGAGAAAUAUUUUUUUUUGUUGAGUUUUUUUUGGUUUAAAAAAUCUUUGUUGUGUUUAUACAAGUAUAAAUAAAUUUAUUUUCGGAAAAAAUCCAUUCAAGAAAUAGAUUACUUUUGAAUGGAUUAGAGUACGAAUUUUGCUUGAAUCUGUAAAGGUGAACAAUGUUUUUUAAUGCCCGCAUGUCGGAGUACACCUACAUCUAGCCGAACAUACCGCUGGCGUUCCUCUUUGUCGAACAACUUCACCCGUUGGAAAAACGAACCCC